AUGGUUUGUACGAACUCCGGAGGUGCUAGUGGCGAGAUGGAUAGAAGUAAAGAGGCUGGAGAGCAAGGGGGAGUUGCUGGUGGAGGUGUGGGGACUCACCAACCAGCCAACCCUAAGCUACCCUCAACUUCUACACCAUCUCCUACAACCGUGGAUCCUCUGAAGGCUUUCUCUAUUGAGAAAUUUAUGGGGGAGGACUACGAGCACUGGAGCUUCCGCAUGAGGCUGAUGUACACCCAAUACAAGUUAUUGGAUUUGGUGGAGGGGAAGGAGAAGAUGCCGGAUGCCGCGGAGCUGAAAGGGGUGUGGAUGAAGCGAUCGUUCGCAACGAUCAACCUCAACUCCCAACAACCCCAAUGGAGCGUGGAUUACAUUCGCGCGCGCAUCCUAGAGGAGGACUUGCGGCGGCGGAGUGUGGAGCGCUCGGAGGAGGGGGCUGGCUAUGGAGUUGGAGGUGGAAAGAGAGGCUUCAAGAAGAAGUGGAAGGGCAAAAACAAGGACCACCCUAAGGAGGAUGGCGGCGGGGGUCAAGGGGAGGUGUGCUUCUACUGCAAGAAGCGCAGACAUCAUUGGCGGAAGUGCUACCAACGACCCGAGGAUUGGACUCCGCCUUCAUCAAGCAACCAGCAUGGUGGCAAGAGGAGUGGGGGAGUCAUGGGAGCUAGUGGAGAGGAGAAGGAGGAGAAGAAAGGCGGCAAAUCUGAAGAGCGGAAGGCCAGGUUCUUCUUCUUCAUGAACGAAGAGCUGACCAGUGACCACAGUGGUGGUGGUGAGCAGCAAGGUGCUGGUCCUGCUGCGAAGGAGGGGUUGGAGGAUGAGUCGGCACGUGUGGACUCACAGCCCGGGCCUGCUGCAAACGCCAAGGUCACCAAGAGGAGUGUGCAGAGAGGAGCUUCACCACAUGGGCAGCAGACUGCAACCCGCGAGAAGAGAGUGGCAGCAGCACCCUCAAGGCUAAACGCCCUCCUCCUUCGUGCGUCAGCGCCCUCCGCGCCCCUAGCCCGCGCCGUCGUGGACCUCCGCGCCUAG